UCCUCUCCUUGCCAAUUUGGCAAUUCCUCUUUCUUUCUUCCUUUCUUUAUCUUUUGCUGAUAACCGGAAUGGCGGGCCGGCCAGCAGAACUCCAUCUCCAGCGAGUGAUCGCAGGCCGCCGUGCGCGGCUCCUGGUCAACGCCGGCGCCCUGCUCAUCUCGGCCGCCGGGUCCGUCAUCAUCCACGCCGCUGCCACGCCCUCUGACGCUUCCUCUGGCCCGGCGCGCCCGCUCAUCGCGUUUUGCAUCUUCGUCCUCGGCGUGUCGCUGGUGAUGUCGGCGCUCGUCGCCGACCGGUUCCCAAGAGCGGCAAGGGCCGGCGUGGCCAUUGCGAGGGCACUCCAACGCUACGUGUUCGGUCUUGUUGGGUGGUAAGCCGCUUCACUCGAGGAAGCAACAUUCGGUAAGGUUGUUAUUGGCUCCAUCUCUAGCUUUCUGUUCAUCAAGUUCCAUGGGUGUCUGACUGCUGUCCGUUUGUGUGUGCCGGUGACGGUGAAGCUGUGAGCUACUGAGCUGGACUCUGCUUUCGUACUUAUAACUUGUGCUGUCACUCUGCUUUCGUACUCAGUAUUCUACCCUGGAUUAUCCUGUACAUAGUACUGUAUGAUGUCGAUGCAUGCAUGGGCUGUGCGCAA